AUGCUAAGUCACGCUCUACCGGUCGAUGCGUUUAAUCAGGAUGUAGAUCUCGAGGGAGCAGAGGCACUCCAUAUCGGUCUAUUUGCAGCAGCCGCCAAAGAGCAUUAUGUCAGGGCCGGUGAGAUUAUCGAUAUGGUCUGUGACAACAAAGCACCACCCAUCGGGUUCGACUACCAUGCUAUGUCACUGGACCAAGCACGGGCAAAAGCCAAAACGGCGGGUUGUUCACUCAGUGCCUUGAAGUUUGAACUGUUCCAGCAUGUGUGCAAGCACUUUCGGCCUCAAAGCACAAUUCCCUCCUGGUACAGACCCAACGAGUCCUUUGACGCCAACGACAUAUUCCCCACUGUCAGCCCGAGAGGUCACGUCGGCGAGCGGCGCCUGGACCACUCUCUUAUGGCUCAGGCUUCACAGAGGAAACUGGACUUCGGACAGCUGGAUAAUGUUUCAUCUCUGGACCAAGAACGUAAACCUACGUCUUCCACUUUUGCCAAUGAGCCCGCCCAGUACCUCAAUCGAAAUGUCAAGAACCCGAGGGCACGGAAGGGCGGACAGGCCAGCCGGAAGCAGAAGAGACACUCGGCUGCGUCGCUCGAUGAAUUAGAAAGCAGAAAAGAAGAGAAGUAG